UGUGCGGCAAUAGUGAUGGUAAAGCAGCAGUUUUGAUGUAUCACUGCUGAUCACUGUUAGAUAGUAUACUGUAAAAAAAAUCCUGGAUGUGAUGGGUUAUAAAUACUUCUUGAAUGUGAUAAAACAUCUAAAAAAAAAAUGCAGUUUAAUUAGAAAAAAUAUAUCCGUUAUCAACAAUGGAUUAGAAAGAAGCAAUGGACGACCCAAAGUAUUGACGUCUACUUCUUGUUACAAGAUCGAAAAUCAAACAUGGCGUCCCGCACAGUUGUCAGCUAUUUCUUCGCACUCGCGCUCGCACUUGCUAGUUUUUCCAUUUCUUCUGUAAAUUCCAGCGGUUAUUAUGCAUCUGCAAGAGUAGAGAGCUGCAGCGGUUGUUCGCUUAAUCGGCUGCCAGACGUCAAGCAGUUUAUUUUCGAGGACUUGCCACAAUACAAUAAUGUGGAAUUCAAACAUAUUCAAGGUGCAAUACCAGAGCUCGUGUUAUUCAAUGAACAUGAAGAGGAAGUGGAGAGAUUGGUAUUGUCUAGGUUGACACGGGAAGAAUGUAAUGAUCUACUAGCCUCAAAAGGUUUCGUUAAGAAAUCCAAAGACAAUAAGGACGAGAUGUAAGCUUUCCAGCCAACAUGCUUCUUGUAAUAAGAGCAAUAGCCUGUCGAAAUUGGUCACAAGUAAUUGUAGGGAGCAAACUUGUUCCUAAAAGUUAUUUCUAAUUACUAAGAUUGUUAUGCCGCGCUUCAUGAUGUUUAUUUUAUCUUGUACUUAAUGAUAAUUUUUAAAGUAUUUAGAUACACAUACUGUAGAUAUUCAAAAUCCAAAAGUCAUGUGUAAUACAAGAGUAAGCGAUAUAUUGCAUAAAGUAGUGAACGGUCUCA